AGGAGAAGGUGAGGGCCGCUAUGAGGGAGAAUGGUCUGCUCAAAGCUGCUCUGGAGGCUGCCAAGAGGUCCGUCGCUGCUCGUACGGGGGACUACGAGUCCGAGAAAGCGAAGGUUGGUGGUCUCGAUUUGACGAUAAGCAAACUUAGGGAGCAACUCAAGGCUGCUAAGGCGAAACUUGCGUCGGAGGUUACGAGGCUUAGGAAGGCUCGUGACGAGAUUGCUGCAGUAGAGCGUCACAAGGCGGAAGUUGAGAUCGCGGAUAACCAUGCUCGCAUAGAGCGGAUGAGAAAACAUAUAAUCGGUCUGCGAGCCCAGAGUAUUCCUAAGUAUACGCUCUGCCAGGUGAAAGGGAUUCAGGAAUGCCUUGAGAAGAUGAUCAAGAAAGGGACGGUUAUUCCUGAGGAGAGGAUGGCGAGAUUGGCGGCGGAUCGUCCGGCUUGGCAGCGAAAGUUUGACGAGAUUGUGGUUCCGGACAUUUUCGAGAGCGACCUCGACCCUCUUCAGAUGCCACCAAGAAACGGCGCUAGAGAUGCCAAUGAGUGAUUCGCCUAUUACUUGUCUCGUAUGCUUUCGUUUUAUUUCCCUUUCUUUUGUUGUUAUGAACUUUGUCCGGCCGUUUGUGGCUCGUUGGACCGGCGUUAUGUAUUUUCGGCCCUCUGUUGGGUCUUUGCUAUGAACUUCGUUUGUUUCCUUUUAGUCUCAUGACUUGGUGAUUAUUUUGAC